AUGUCACAAUUUUGCGGAUAUAGUCUUCAAAUUGAACUCAAUGAUCCUUUGGCUACCGUCUUGAAUGGAACGAUAACCGACAUUCAAGACAAAGAUUUGGUGUUAUCUAAUGUAACUUAUUCGAAUGGAGCUGAGCAUCGGGAUAAAGACAUGCUUAUAAAAGGCUCUGACAUUAAAGACUUGAAGGUUUUGGCUUUGCCUCCUAAGAAAAAGAAAGAAAAGAAGAAGAACAAGCAAGACAAAGAGAAUGAAAAUGGUGGUACUAGAUCUGGAACACCGACUGCGACAGGAAAACCGAAGAAUAAAAAAGAAAAACCGAAAGUUUCUCAAGAUCCUGACUUGCCAUAUAACUACCGAUCUAACGAGAUUGAUUGGCAGCACGAGAAUCCAGGGAGAUUGAAGGAAAUGGAAGUUUUUGAUUUUGCUUCUAAUCUACAAAAAUUCGAUAAGCAAUCAGUUUUCAAAGAAUUGUCCAAGCUGGACAAAGUGGAUCCGGCCAAUAGACUUGUCGGCCAUAAUAGAACUAACGAAAAGGUGAACUAUGACAAUACAGAGAUGGUACUGGAUAAAAAGCAAAAAGACGAAUGGGAUAAUAUUAUUUCCACCUCUGCUCAUAGAAACCCAAUCUCUGGCUCCCAAGAAAAUGAGAGUAGAACAUACAGUGGCAACUCAGAGAUUGUUCAUCAGCGCAAAAGUGUCACACCAGUUUUGGGGUCAAGCAUCAAAUUGUUUUCAAAGGACAGAGAACCAAUCCCAACAUGCUCUCCGAUACAACUGGCAGAUGUUCUUCAACUCAGUGCCGACAAUUUUGGGUUGACGGAUCGUGAAUUGACCUCAGAUACAGGCAAAAGUCUAGCAGAGUUAAUUAUCAAAGAGAUAACUGGCGACUUCAGGAUAUCAAAAAUGAACCAUAAUCCACCACCCUUGAUGUUGAUACUUGCAGGCAAUAAUAUAACUGGAGCCCGAGCGCUUUCUGCUGGAAGACAAUUGUUCAAUCACGGAAUAAGAGUAUUAAUUUAUGUUUUACACGAUUUUGAGCAUUCCGAAGAUGAAAUCCUUCCAUUAGUGAAGGAGAAUCUUGAGAUUUUAACGAACAUCGGAGGAAAGCGAAUCAACGACACCAGGGAACUGAAUUCUGUGCUGGAAAAGCUGGAUUCUCCAUUGGAGCUGAUAAUAGACGGGCUUCAGGGUUACGAUACGAACUUGAGUGAUUUACUUGAACCAGAACUAGAUCGCUCAAAACAGAUAGUUGAUUGGUGUAACAAAUGCGGCGUCUCCAUAUUGUCUUUAGACAUCCCAUCAGGAUUGGAUGCUUCUUCGGGUACAGCAGACUUUGACUCAUACAUCCUCUGCAACUACUUGGUCUCCGUUGGAAUACCUUUGAGCUCCAUUUUAAGUCUUUAUCGAUUCGGCUACUUCACAAAAGAGGAGUUAAAACAUUUUCUUGUCGAUUGCGGGAUUCCUAAGAGGGUCUUUACUCUUAAAUCCAAUCUCAGGAAGUUGGACAGAUACUGGUUUACUACAGACUGGUAUACUAGCCUGGAAGUUGAAUGA